GCUCAAAUUCGUGAUUAAUCCGAGUCCACAAGACCUGAUUGGCAACCUUUGUAUUGCCAUUUGCCACUCUGUAGCCAUUUUUCUCUUAGGAUUCAAGUUCUCCCAGUAAAAAGGAUCUAAAAAAGUUGAUGUUUUUCUGAAUAAAUCAGCAAAAUUUAAGGAUGGAAAAUGGGUUUACUGCAGAAGAUCUGUCGAAGAUCGGAGGUAUUGCUACCGUAUCACUGCUUCAUUCCUUCAUCCCAACUCAUUGGUUGCCAUUUUCCAUUGUGGGUCGUGCUCAAAAAUGGACUCUUUCAAGAACCCUUUUCGUCACUGCAUUUGGAGCAGUAUUGCACGUGUUAUCCACCUCACUUCUUGGCAUAACGGCAAUAACGAUAUCAAACACAAUUGCUGGGGAGGAAACAGUGCACAAACUGGCUUCCUUACUGCUUGUAGUUCUUGGUGGUAGCUAUGUCAUCUUACAUCUCUUUGGAAAGGGUGGUCAUAGCCAUUCACACAAUCAACCAAUGGAGAAGAUGGCUGUGGCAGGGCUUAUACUUGUCCCUGCUCUGUCUCCUUGCGCAACCACUCUCCCUGUAUUUCUUGCUGUUGGAAAUUCGUCCUCCAUGAUGGUGCUUGCCAUCAUAGUUUUACUUUUCAGCACGAUUACUGUUAUGACCUCAUUGGUGGCUCUAUCAUUUUAUGGUGCAAGUCAACUCAAGUUUCAAUGGGUGGAACGCUACGAUAAGCUCCUCGUUGGUUCUGUGCUGUGUUUGGUGGGCAUUUUGACCCUUCUUUUUCACGAUCACGAUGAUGUAGGUUCCUCAGGAGUCCACGUGCACAGAAAACUAAAAAGUUUGCUGUAGGAGUUACUCUUCAGCCAGUGAAUCUGUUAAUGCAAAGAGAUACACAAACUUCCCCAUAUUCCAGACGCAGGGGUCGACUUUUCUGUAUGAGGUCUGAGGAUUCACCAUUUUCCAGUUGAGUAAUCUCGUUUUGCAACCAGCUCAUGAUGCUCUGGCAUGGUUAAAGCCAGCAUGGGGUUUAGGGCAGUUCAUUUUUGUUUAGAUUUGUGUUAAAACUUUCAAUAUAGCAACUACAAGAGGAUAUGUAUUUUAAAGGAUUUUCUUUUGAACCCUUUUCUUUGUAAAUGUUAAAAGUGUACAAUACUCGUUGGGGGAAUAAACCGUUCUCUUCUUAUAUAGUCUUUGACAAUCCUCAGCUUAUUGUAGAGG